AUGGACGAAGCCCCUCCCCGCGUGUCGGCCGACCAGGCCCUCGCCCGGCUGGGCUACAAGGCCGAGCUCCCGCGCAACCUGUCCAUGAUGUCCAUCCUCGGCCUCUCCUUCGCCAUCAUGGCCGUCCCCUUUGGUCUGAGCACGACGAUGUACAUCACCCUGACCAACGGCCAGUCCGUCACCGUCCUCUGGGGCUGGGUCCUCGUCUCCAUCAUCUCCCUCUGCAUCGCCGCCUCCCUCGCCGAGAUUUGCGCCGUCUACCCGACCGCCGGUGGCGUCUACUACUGGUCCGCCAUGCUCGCCCCCGCCGGCUGGGCGCCGCUCGUCAGCUUCGUAGACGGGUGGCUUACGCUCGUGGGCAACUGGACCGUCACCCUGAGUAUCAACUUUAGCGGCGCCCAGUUGAUUCUCAGCGCGAUUAGCGUCUUCAAUGAGGACUUUGUCGCCAACGAGUGGCAGACUGUGCUGUGUUUCUGGGCUGUCAUGUUGGUUUGCGCCGCAGCGAAUGCGUUUGGAUCGCGGUAUCUUGAUCUGAUCAACAAGAUUUGCAUUUACUGGACUGCCGCUUCCGUUAUCAUCAUCAUGGUCACUAUUCUGGUCAUGGCUCCGAGCAAGAGAUCGGCCGAGUUUGUCUUUGCUCACUACGACGCUUCUGCAAGUGGAUGGGCGCCCGGUUGGUCAUUCUUCGUCGGUCUGCUGCAAGCUGCCUACACCCUCACCGGCUACGGUAUGGUCGCCUCCAUGUGCGAGGAGGUCCAGAACCCCGAACGCGAAGUCCCCCGCGCCAUCGUCCUCUCCGUCGCUGCCGCCGGCGUGACCGGCGUAAUCUACCUCAUUCCCAUCCUCUUUGUCCUCCCCGACGUCGCCACGCUCCUCGGGGUCGCAAACUCCCAGCCUAUCGGCCUCCUCUUCAAGACCGUCACCGGCUCCGCCGCCGGCGGCUUCGGUCUCCUCUUCCUCAUCCUCGGCAUCCUCAUGUUCGCCGGCAUCGGCGCCCUGACCGCCGCCUCGCGCUGCACCUACGCCUUUGCCCGUGACGGCGCCAUCCCCGGCUACAAGCUCUGGAGCCGCGUCAACCAAAAGCUCGACAUGCCCCUCUGGGCCCUCGGCCUGUCCACCGCCGUCGACUGCGUCCUGGGCUGCAUCUACUUUGGCUCCAGCGCCGCCUUCAACUCCUUCACCGGCGUCGCCACCAUCUGCCUGUCGACCAGCUACGGCGUGCCCGUGCUCGUGAACCUCAUCCAAGGCCGCCGCGCCGUCGCCGCGUCGCCCUACCCGCUCGGCCGGUUCGGCACCGCCAUCAACUGCAUCUGCAUCGUCUGGAUCUGCUUCGCCGUCAUCAUCUUCUGCAUGCCCGUCAGCUUGCCCGUCGACGCUUCGACUAUGAAUUACGCGUCCGUCGUGUUUGCUGGGUUCGCCUUCAUUGCCAUCACGUGGUACUUUGCGUACGCGAGGAAGAACUUCCACGGGCCGCCGGUGGCCAAGGAGGAGUUCCAGCCCGGGCCGGAUGGUACGCUGGAGGGGAAGAUUCCGGGGGCUGUUGAUUCGGAGACGACGGCGAGUAUUGAAAAGAAAUGA